UUGCACUCUAGAAAAUAAAAAAAUGUCGGGAGUAAUUAUUGAGAAUCAAUUUAGUGAUGCGAGUGACUCAGAAGAUCUCCAGAGUGUUAUUUCCAGAAUCGAUAGGUUAAAAGGGAAACCAUCUUGGUUGGAGUCCCCCGAGGAUACCCCAGUAAUCGCAGACCUCCACCUGGAGAACACAAGCGACGAUGAGGAUAGUGUCGACCUGAGUGAGGACGAGUGGGACCUGGAGGAUUCUCCAUGCUCCAAAACCUCGAACACCCAAGCAGCCUCCCACAAGAUCUCGAGCUUCCAGCCGUCAGACAAGCUCUUCCGUCGUUACUCCAAUAAAAUAAACAUCGAGAAGUACGAAGGGCCAUCCUUACCCCACAGUGCAGCCAACGUCCUCAUCGAGAACACGAAGAAAUAUGAUAAGGACAGACUACGACGAAAGGACAAACACGAUCGUGCAACCGUCGAGCAGGUGAUGGAUCCGAAGACUCGAAUGAUUCUCUUCAAGAUGCUGAACCAGGGGAUCAUCCUAGAGAUCAACGGCUGCAUUUCCACGGGAAAGGAAGCCAAUGUCUAUCACGCGACAUCCAAGACAGGCAUCGAGUUUGCUAUUAAAAUAUAUAAAACAUCGAUUUUACAAUUCAAGGACAGAGACAAAUACGUCAACGGUGAAUUUAGAUUUCGCCAUGGGUACUGUCGUCACAAUCCCAGGAAGAUGGUGAAGACCUGGGCUGAGAAGGAGAUGAGGAACCUGAUAAGACUCAAUCAGGCAGGGAUCAGGAGUCCAAAGCCUAUUAUGCUGAGGAGUCACGUCCUUCUGAUGGAUUUCAUCGGUAGUCAGGGUUGGCCUGCGCCAAAGCUCAAGGACGUUCUCCUCAAGUCCUCAGCACCUAGGAAACUUUACAGGGAGUGCGUGGAGAUGAUGUGGCGGCUCUACAAUAAAUCGAGACUGGUACACGCAGAUCUCAGUGAAUACAAUUUGCUGCAUCAUGAGGAGUCGAUUGUUGUUAUUGAUGUGUCACAGGCAGUGGAGCACGAUCAUCCGAUGGCUCUGGAGUUCCUCAGGAAGGACUGCAAUAAUAUCACGGAGUUCUUUAGGAAGAAUGGAGUGGCUGUGAUGUCGGUUAAGCAGCUUUUUGAUUUUAUUACAGAUCCAACUGUCUGCGAGGAGAAUAUGGAUGAGUAUUUGGAUGCUGUUGCUCAGAGGACGGGCCAGGAAGGUGGGGAUGUCGACCCUGAGAGGGAGGUCGAUGAAGAGGUUUUCAAACAGGCUUAUAUCCCGCAAAAUUUGGCACAGGUCAUUGAUGUGGAGCGAGAUAUCAAACUAGCCAAAUCUGGAACUGAUAGUUUAAUUUAUAAAACAUUGGUGGGUCUUCGUGCAGAUUUAAAAACAGCUGAUAAACCAGAGAUUCUGGAGGAGAAUUCAGGGGAUAGCGAGGACUCGGAGAUGAGUUCAGAUUCUGGGGACGAGGGCGAGACAAAAUUUGUCAAUGCAUCGAGACCGAAGGACGAGACGCCAGAGGAUAGGAAAUUGAGGAAAAAAGCUGUGAAGGAGCAGCAAGCGGAGAAGAGAAAAACAAAAGUGAAAAAACACGUGAAGAAGAGAAAAGAGAGGAUUCAGAAAAAAAAAUAAAUAAUCUAAUCUAGUUCUUAUCACUCGAUAUUACUCCGUGAAAUAAUGGGAUUAAAUAAAAAAGGAAUAAGUACAACUUUUGU